AUCUGGUUCCACGAAAGUGAUACUCAAAGAACUAGAUAACUUCAGCAAACAACAACGAGAAGGGAGCAGCAGACGAUCUGCAAUUGUCAGCAGGAAGAAGAUGUUCGAUCCUGCCAGAUACACGUUUAAAGAAUUACAAAUCCCAUUCGAGACGAUGCUGACGCUGACCAAGCCAUGGUACGUGCGAACCGAGAAAGAAAUCGACAAGGUACUGUCUGUACUGCAGGCGUACAAAAGUUUUGUCCAGUACCCGCCCAUGUUCCAGAGAAGACUGGCCAGACUAGCCUGGUUCACUGAAAUAGAAGCCAACAAAUAUAUUAUUCGGGAACGUCACAUCGCCUCAGACUUCUACGUUCUUCUCAAGGGUAAAGCCAAGGAGGUCAGACUAAUCGGAAAUCCUUACUUCAAAGCCAAAUCAGAGAUGAGACAAACUCGCUUCAUUCGAAAAUCGGAAGCUUUCGGGGAUGAAAGUAUGUCGGACCCCGAGUGCCAGCGCGACUACUCCAUCAUCAGCUGCGAGCCGUGCUCCUUGCUAGCAGUCAGCGUCUACGACUACAACGUUAUGCUGCACACAAAGAAGGACAACGAGACGGCUCCAGAACACAUCUUGUUUAUCAGCCACCUGAAACUGAUGGACGACUUUCCCAAGAAAAAAUUGCUAGAGGAAGGUGACGAGAAUAUCACUAUUCAUUACUUCAGGCAGGAUUCUGUCAUCAGCAAGAACUUGAAAACCUGCAACUAUGUGUUUGUCGUAAGCAAUGGAAACUGUCGAGUCGUCUCUGAGAUUCCCCCAGAAAAGCCAGCAACAAGAUCUCAAGGUCGCAGAUACAACCACAUCCGAAGCACGAGCCAGGGAGUAUCCCAGCGGUCUAGCAUGGUGGACAGGGAUGAUAUCAAACAGAACGUCAACAAAAGGAUCAACUUCCACAUGUUCAACAAGGUGCCUCCAAAGAGCAGACAAGAUUCUACAGCACAGAAAAUCAACAAAUCGUUGGCGGGUGAAAUCGCCGAGCUACAGGAGAAAUCCAAGCAGAUCAUCAAGACCUUGCCGAGAGAAGUGAGACGCACCUUCACCAUGGAGAACUUCCUGAAAGCUGUGGGAAAGACGCAGCAGCAUGCACACGCUCAUCAGCCAGAAAGUCCACGAGCAACACUGUUUGGCCCCAGAGCCGUACACAGUUUCGCUAGUGCUAUCAGCCUAGACAAGUGGCCGACGUUACUAGAAGCGGAACAUUCGGAACCUAUCAGUCAGAAAAUCAGCGAAGAGAAAGUGGCCACCACAGAGAAAACCGCUGACAGCGAGAGUAUAGCGAGUACCUACACCUAUUAUGGGGAGGAAGAGGAAUCAGAGAAGUCUGUGUGA